AUGGAGGCGGACAUGGACACGGGCAACCAGACUCCGCAAUUACAAUGGCGGAAGAUAGAAUGUUCGGGGGAAGCUCCCAGCCGCCGCAGCGGUCAUACCCUCACGAUAGUAGGAUCCAAUGGCUUCCUCUUUGGCGGGUGCGACUACGCCGAGCCGCCUGGACCGACCAACGACCUGUUCCAGCUUCGAAUCCACACCAAUGGGUCGUGUGAUUGGAGCCGCGUGGCGUUUCGAAAGGGACCAUUGCCGCGCUGGAAGCAUUCUGCCACACUUGUGGACAACAAGAUCUUUCUCUUUGGCGGUUUCCACAACGCCACCACUCGAUUUCAAGACGUGUGGAUUUUCAAUCCUAUCACGAUGGAAUGGAGCCAACCGGUGCCACAGGCGACGCCACGAGCUUCUAUGGCUCAAGUCUCUAAGGCAUCGCUCGGGUGGCCUGGCUGCCCCGCUCCCCGAGGUGGCCACACUGCCAGCCUCAUCAACCGGGAAAUCUUCAUAUUUGGUGGAUAUGGCGGGCAAGGAUAUUCCCGUCGAGACUUUGAUGACUUGUAUGCACUCAACGUGGACACAAUGGCCUGGGGUAAAGUGUCGACGAAAGGCAAGGGCCCCGAGCGCCGGUCCGGCCAUCAAGCGUGCGCGGUGGACACGACGCUGUUUGUGUUUGGCGGGUGGAAUUGCACGACCCAGUUCAACGAUUUGCACAUUUUCGACACGGAAACGUCCUGCUGGAGUUCCGUGGACGGGUCGCACAUGAACCACACGUCACCCCGGUGGAACCAUUCCAGUUGUGCCGUGUUGGCCAUCCCGAACGCCAAGAUCUUCUGCUUUGGCGGCGUGCUCGGCCAAAUGAACGAGUACGGCGCCCCGGGGAUGUUUGCCAACGACAUCAGCGUCCUCGACACCGGUACGUUUGCUUGGACUGUGCCUGAGAUCAAUGGUACUCCCCCCGCGCCCCGCGCGGACACGACGCUCGCGUACGACGACAAGGGCAGCCGCCUCAUGAUUUGCGGGGGCUGGGCUAAUUUGUGGUUCAACGAUGUAUUUUCACUCGACGUGAGUUGCGUCGUUGGCCCUCCGUAUGCUAUUACAGGAGUGCGACCGUCGUUCGGGGCGAUCACGGGGGGUCUCUUGCUAAUCUUAGAAGGCAUUGAUUUCACCCCGAAACCGGUGAUCGUACGCUUUUCCUGUCGCAAGGGAACAAUCGACGUCCCUGGCACAUACGUCACGGACCAAACACUCACGGUGACGACGCCCGACUUUUCCAUGUUUCCACCUGGGGACGUUCAGAUUCGAGUGGCGUUGCAGGGCGACUCGUUCACGACCACGUUCCAGCUUUUCAACUUCUUCGCCGUCACAUGCGCGGCCAAGACGCUGGCAUUUGGCGCGGGGGUGCUCUCGGGUGGGGCUUCCGCCGAACCCAUCACGUUUUUCUUGCAAGCGUGUGACGCCAAUGGCCACCAUCGCACCCGAGGGGGGGACGAAUUCCAGGCGUCGGUGCGGUCACUCGCCGAUGACAAGGAGCUGCAGACGUCGAUCCAGGACAUGGAUGACGGCACAUACGCCAUUACGUACACGGCGCCCAUUCGCGGCGAGUACGAAAUCACCGUCCAGUUCUGCGGGACGUUUGGGGGCGUGGUGGGGACGGUGUAUGGGUUUCCUCUGGUGGUGACGUUUGACGACGCUAUGGCGAGAGACAUGAACCGCAUGACGGGCAAAUUGGUAAUGGACGGGCUAUCGAGUGAUCUCGUGGCGUUGACGCAGCUGAUUGAAGAGUGCGGCAAGGGACUGGAGCUAGACGUGGGCUUGUCAGGGACGCCUGCCGAGGAAACGGCGGCGUUGAUUCAGUUGAAGGAACACUUAUUCACGGUGGACAAGAAGGGCGACCAGACGCGGUGGUUGCUGGAAAAGACCAAGUCGUUGCUCGCGUUUCUAGCCACAGCCGUGGACGUGGAAAAGGAACGCAAUCAGCUGACACUGUUGGAAACGAGCUGGACCGACCUCGUUCAAAAGGUACCCGUGGUAGCGGCGCGCAUCGCCCCGCGACUUGCCGCGCAGAGUUCGCGCACCAAGGGCGACAUCACAGUGUACCACGAAAAGCUGUUGGUGUAUGCGGCCAAGAUGAAGCACAAGGGCUUUUGGGAGUUUGAGACGGGCAUGGCCAACGCAUUGCACAUGUUGGACGAAGCGGCGGUCGAUUUUGCCAAGGAGGACUCGGCAUUCAAGCGGAUGCGCCACGUGGCUGAGAUUUUCGAGUGCUUGGCAUUGAUGGAGCCCAGCGAAAAGAUAGUGCAGCACGUCGCGAGAACGCUGGAACGACUGCGCACUGUGUGGACAGUCGUGGGGGACAUAAGCCGAAAGCUCCAGAUGGCCAUGGAAUUGCUUUGGGUCGACUUGGACGGCGCUGUGCUGGAAGACGAGGCCAAGGGCAUGAUGAAUCUGGUCAAGUCUGCCGGAAAAGAAAAGGAAAUCAAGGACAGCAACGUGUACCAGGGACUCGAAGCAUUGGCGCACGACUUUUUGGUCAGCUGUCCGCUGUACCAAGCCCUGCGUCACCCGUCCAUACAAUCUCGGCAUUGGGUGGAGCUCAUGCAGUUGGUCCAACAAACGUUUCCAAACCCGAUCGACCACGCCGAACUCAAGUUUGCCGACAUCAUGGAGCUGAAACUCCAUCGGUUUCAAAAAGACAUUGAAGAUCUCACGGAACGUGCUCAGAAAGAGUCUCAGGUCGAGCUAGCACUGCAGGAAGUGGACGCCCGAUGGUCCACCAUUUCGUUCGACGUUACCGUGUACAAGGACACUCAGGUUCCCAUCCUCCGUGUCCGGGACGAAGACAUCGAAGUCCUCGAAGCUGACCAAGUAAUGCUGCAGAGCAUGCUGAGCAGCCGCGUCCAGUACUUCAAGGGGCUUAGCGAGGCGUGGUCCCAGAAGCUCACGUGCAUUGGGGAUGUUACCGUUGCACUAGGGGACAUCCAACGCACGUGGUCUUACUUAGAACCCCUCUUUAUCGGGUCGGAGGAAGUCAAAAGGGAGCUACCGGAUGAUGCCGCCCAAUUUAUUGCGAUCGACACCACUGUCAAGGAAAUAUUGACGUCGUUUGCAGAGGCAAAGGUGAUUCUCACUGCGUGUACAGCACGCCCGCAUCAGUUGCAAGAGCUCGCGACGUUGACGACAUCGUUGCAAAAGUGCCAGAACUCGCUCAUCGAAUUCCUCGACGGCAAGAGGCGGUUGUUUCCACGGUUCUACUUCACGUCGGAAGCCGACUUGUUGGACAUUCUGUCGAAUGGCGGCACCCCCGAUGCCAUCACCAAGCACUUGUCCAAGGUGUUCUUGGCCACUCAAACGUUCAAGUUUGACACGCCCUCGACCAUCACCCACUUCGUCUCGAACGUGGGCAAGGAAACCAUUCGAUUCGUGGCGCCCGUAACCUUGUCCGGCAAAGUCGAAGGCUAUUUGACGGACGCCUUGAACGGGAUGAAGCUCACGCUCAAAGAAAACAUCAAAAGCACCAUUCGGCGAUACCCGCAAUUGUCUCGUACAGACUGGCUCAUGUCACGAACCAACGACGGCGCAUUGCUAGACGCUGCCCAGGUGGUGCUGUUGGUGUCGGGAAUGGAGUACGUGAAAAGUGUCGAGGCGGCGCUGGUGGGCGUCGGCAGCGGCCACGUCAGUGCGUUAUCGGAAUUACUUGAGAAAGUGACGAUUCAACUCAACGACUUGAUCAAGCUGACCCGUGGGUCGUUGCACGAUGAAGAGCGGCAGAGAGUGAUGUGCAUGAUCACGAUGGAUGCCCAUAGUCGCGAUGUGAUCCAGUCUCUUAUUAGCCAACACGUUACGUCCUUGGCGUCGUUUGUGUGGCAGGCUCAGCUCAAGCCUCGGUUGUUGGUCACAGACCAUACAUCGUUGGAUAUUUGCGACGCCUCGUUUGAGUACGGGUUGGAAUACCUUGGAAAUGGCGCGAGGCUGGUCAUCACCCCACUCACGGAUCGCAUGUACGUGACCGCCACCCAAGCGUUAAAUUUGCACUUGGGGUGUGCGCCGUCUGGUCCUGCGGGCACGGGCAAGACAGAAACGACCAAAGACUUAGCUAGUUCGUUGGGAAAACCUUGUUAUGUGUUUAAUUGCUCGCCGGAAAUGGACUUCAAAAGCCUGGGCAAUAUUUUCAAAGGGUUGGCGUCGAGUGGUGCGUGGGGUUGCUUUGACGAGUUCAAUCGGCUGAUUCCAGAAGUUCUCAGUGUGUGCUGCUUGCAAUUCAAAGCUGUCUGUGAUGGCAUCAAGGGCGACUUGGCUUCGAUCGUGCUCGAAGGGGACACGGUGGUGUUGGAUCCGACGUGCGGCACGUUUAUUACGAUGAAUCCUGGGUAUUUAGGCCGUUCGGAACUUCCCGAGGGACUGAAAGCGUUGUUCCGACCUAUCACAGUCAUGUUGCCCGACUUGUGUCUCAUUUGUGAAAACAUGCUCAUGGCGCAAGGGUUCACGGAAGCGAAAUCGCUGGCGUCCAAGUUUUACCACCUCUACCAUCUCUGCAAAGAGCUACUGUCCCAGCAGGAACACUACGACUGGGGCCUUCGAGCAAUCAAGUCGAUUCUACUCAUCACCGGGUCGUUAAAGCGAAACGAACCGACGCUGUCCGAGUCCCAGCUUCUCUUGCGCGCGCUUCGGGAUUUCAACGUCCCCAAGCUGGUCAUGCAAGACCAGCCGAUAUUCCACGGCCUGUUGCACGACUUAUUUCCCGAGCAGCCGCCACCUCGCAAAGUGAACGUCAAUUUGGAAAAGCAUAUUCAAUCCGCGUGCGAAACGCUGGGAUUGUGGCCCGAAGAGAGCUUCCGCCUCAAGGUAGUGCAAUUGGAAGAGCUACUGGUGCUUCGUCACUGCGUGUUUGUGAUGGGACCGGCGGGAUCGGGCAAGUCCGAGUGCAUUCUCGCCCUGCAGACGGCGAAUGGGUUACAAGGCACAAAGGUCAAACUCGUGGAUAUCAACCCCAAGGUGGUGUCCACGGACGAGUUGUACGGGUCUAUGCACGUGAGCACCCGCGAAUGGAAGGACGGAUUGCUGUCAAAGGUCAUGCGAGACUUGGCCAACGACGAUUCGGAGCAGGCCAAGUGGCUCGUCCUCGAUGGCGACUUGGAUGCAAACUGGAUUGAAAGCAUGAACAGUGUCAUGGACGACAACAAGACGCUGACGUUGGCAUCGAAUGAACGGAUUCCGCUCAAAAAGUACAUGCGAUUGAUCUUUGAAAUUCGAGAUCUCGCGUAUGCCACCCCCGCGACCGUCAGUCGCGCGGGCAUCCUCUACUUGUCGGCGGACGAAGGAACACAACACGAAUCGUUUUUGGCGAGUUGGCUGAGCGACACGUCCCCGGAUGUCGAAGUGCGCGCGCGGUUGGGCGAAUCGGUCAUGCGCUACGUGGGGCCGUGUCUGGCGUACGUCAAGAAGCUCAAAACCAUCGUGCCAGUCCAGGACAUAUCGCUCGUACAGGGGUUUCUUCACUUUUUGGAUGCCACGCUCAAUACGGCGGUGGUGGACGACCCCAAGAAGAUUGAGAUUGUGUGCGGGUUUGCGUCGAUUUGGGCGUUUGGUGCGGCGCUAUGCGUGUCCGACGACGGCACCGACUACCGCAAACUGUUUUCCGAGUGGUGGCGCGCCGAGUUUAAAGGCAUCAAAGUGCCCAUCCGAGACACCGUCUUUGACUAUUACUUGAACCCAACCACGCUGCAAUUUGACUCGUGGCGCCUCAGUCCGUUCUUCACAGCGGUCAAGUUUGACGGCAAGGACGCGAUGCACGCCGUGACUGUGCCGACCACGGAAACUGUGAGCAUGCUGCUUUGGACGAGCAAAAUGAUCAGUGAAGCGCAUGGUGUGAUGUUAUGUGGACAUGCCGGAACUGGAAAAACACAAACGAUCAAAGGUUUUUUGAAUUCGGCGUUGCAGCAAAACCUGGUCAACGCGCAAGGCAAGAAUUACAUGUCGAGUACCAUCAACUUCAACUAUUACACGAAUGCUGCUGUGCUGCAAAGCGCUUGUGAGUCCAAGCUCGUGAAACGCAUGGGGUCCACGUUUGGCCCGGUGGUAAAUGGCGCGCAGUGGAUUUACUUUCUCGACGACUUGAAUUUGCCCAUGGUCGACCCAUACCACACGCAAAGCGCCCUCGCGCUGCUGCGGCAACUCAUGGACUACAACCACUGGUACGACCGCAUCAAGUUUACGGUCAAGCAGGUGGUGGACUGCCAAUUUGUGAGCUGCAUGAACCCCACGGGGGGUUCAUUUUACAUCAACCCCCGCCUCCAGCGGCACUUUGUUACGUUUGCAGUGGCGCUGCCGAGUGCGACAAGCCUGCUGUCGAUAUACCAGACUUUUCUGGAUGGUCACUUGAACGACUUCAACGACGACAUUCGAAAGGUCGCCGUUAACAUUCUCAAAGGAGCGUUGAAUUUGCACGCACAAGUGUCGACGGCAUUUCGAAAGACGGCAGCGAAUUUUCAUUACGAGUUUAACAUUCGGCAUCUGUCAAAUGUCGUCCAAGGCAUUCUCAUGUCCAAACCAGCCUAUGUCGAGGAAAGCAGCAAGUUUGUUCUCUUGUGGCUCCACGAGUCGGCGAGGGUGUACGGGGACCGCCUUGUAUCCCACUCAGAUUUGAACAAGUACAAUGCUCUCGCCCAACACAACGCCAAGAAAUUGUUUCCAAGUGUGCCCGUACAAAAGUACUUUGCACAGGACAACGCUGAUUCGCUUGUGUUUUGCCCACAGCCGAUGUCGGCCGCUGCGCUCGACUUGGACUACGACCAGGUGACGUCGCUCCCCGACAUGAAAGUCCGACUGGAAGAGGCGCUGGCAGACUACAAUAUGUUGAAUGCGAAAAUGGACUUAGUGCUUUUCAAAGACGCCAUUGAACACGUGGCCAGGAUCAUGCGCAUUAUUUCGAUCGCUUCGGGGCACGCGAUGCUCGUGGGGGUGGGCGGCAGCGGACGCAAGUCCCUCGCCCGGCUCAGCGCCCAUCUCGUGCACUAUGCGGUCGUGGACAUCACCAUCACGCAAUAUUACUCAUUGACCGACUUUAAGACGGACCUGCAGGCCAUCUUUGGUCGCGCGGGGGUCAAAGGCGAGAAGCUCGUGUUUCUCCUAUCGGAUUCAGACAUCAAGAACGAACGGAUGCUCGUGUACAUUAACGACCUGUUGAGUUCUGGGGCGAUCGCCGACCUGUACACGGCGGAAGAGCAAGACGCGAUCGUGGCCCAAGUGGUCAUGAAGUUCAAAGGCGAGAAGGAUGCGUGCUGGGCGUACUUUUUGCAUCAGCUCAAGGAAAACGUGCACUGCGUGCUGUGCUUUUCUCCGGCGGGGUCGACCUUUCGAGGUUGGGCGAGAAAGUUCCCGGCGCUGGUCAACUGCACCAUCAUUGAUUGGUUCCAGCCGUGGCCGGUGGAUGCACUGCAGAGCGUCGCUGUCAAGUGCCUCAGCACCACCACCCUCCACGGUGACACGUUGGCGGCAGUCGAGCAGUUUAUGCCGCAUUCGUUCGACGCUGUGAAUGUCAUGGCUGAAAAGUUCAAGCUCGAAGAAGGCCGCAUUGUCUACACGACGCCCAAAACGUACCUGGAAUUCCUCGCGCUCUACACGACGCUUCUCGUGACCAAACAGCACGACAUGGCCAAGGCCAUUUUCAGGCUGCAGUCGGGACUAGACAAGCUAGAAAGUACGUCGCAUAUUGUGGCCAACAUUGAAGAAGACUUGUCGAAAACGCUUGAGGAGGCGAUGAAGAAGAAGGCAAUUGCAGAAGAGAUGGCUGACGUCGUUGCCGCCGACAAGCUGAUUGUGGAGCAAGAGACGGAAAAAGCCAAUGUCGAAGCUCAAAAGUGCGCCGUGAUUCAUGCAGACAUGGCGGUCAAGAAGGCCGACACGGAAAGCGACUUGGCCGCUGCCCAGCCAAUGGUGGACGCAGCCAUGGCAGCAUUGGACACGCUGAAUCGCAAAGACUUGGGCAACUGCAAAACCAUGUCCAAACCGCCCGCGGGCGUCGGCGACAUUUUCGCAAGCGUUUUGGUGCUGUUUGCCGGUAUCAACCCCGAUGUGCCAGUGCAAAAGAACGGAAAAAUCAAGGAAAAGGACCGCGCGUGGGAGAACUGCAAGAAAAUUCUGCUCGCCAACGUCAACGGUCUCAUCGACGAGCUCAAAAACUUCAAAAAUCUCGUCGACACGAACGCCGUGCCCGAAGCCAACUGGAAAGAAAUUCGGCCGCUGCUAGAAUUGCCUCAUUUCAACGUCGAGAUCAUUGAAAAGCGAAAUUCGGCGGCGGCGGGGCUGUGUGCGUGGGUGAUCAACAUCGUGUUGUACUACGAUGUGUUGGUGACCAUCGAGCCCAAGCGCAAGGCGCUACAGGAAAUCACAGACAAGUACACCGUCGCCAACGAAAAGCUCGCGGCAGUGCAGACAAAGGUCCAAGGACUGCAAGAACGUUUAACUAAAUUAACAGCCGCCUACGAACAAACCAACGAAGACGUCAACGUGGCCAUCGCGACGGUCGAGCGCGGAAAAAUUCGCAUGAAUUUGGCCAAGCGGUUGACAGCGGCGCUGGGCAGUGAAAACGUCCGGUGGCAGCAAAACGUCGACGUGUUGAAGAAAGAAGCGGAAACCAUCGUCGGAGAUGUGCUCGUAGCAGCGGCGUUCGUGUCGUAUGCAGGGCCGUUUACAAAACCGUACCGCGAACUUUUAGUGAAUAGCCACUGGCGUCCGUUCUUGCUUGGGCUCAAGAAACCACUGGCGCUGCACGUAGACGCGACCCCCGUGUCCAUGUUGACCCCCGCCACGGACGAAGCGGCUUGGGUCGGGUUUGGCCUUCCAAGCGACCGCGUGUCGAUUGAAAAUGGCACGAUUGUGCAACAUUGCAAACGAUGGCCGUUGAUGAUCGACCCUCAAUUGCAGGCCAUCCAUUGGCUGCGGGCAAAGGAAGCGCUUGUGGUGGUCCGACAGUACCAACCCAACCUGGUGUUGACACUCGAGGCAGCCAUCGAAAACGGGCAGUCUCUGUUGCUGGAAAACAUCGAAGACAAGAUCGACCCCCUCCUUUGGCCGGUCAUAAGCCGUUGCACGAUGCACAAAGGACGUAAAGUUUGUUUAAAGUUGGGUGACAAGGUCAUCGAAUGGGCCCCCAGCUUUCGACUGUACUUGCAUACGACCAUGGCCAAUCCACAUUACGCCCCUGAAAUCCAAGCAGAAACCACGUUGGUCAACUUUUCCGUGACCCCACAUGGGUUGGAAGAUCAAUUGUUGUCGCUUGUGAUUCGAAAGGAAUGGCCCAAGAAAGCAAAAGCAAGGACGGCGCUGAUCCAGCAACAAAAUCGGUUCAAGAUCACGAUGCAGGAAUUGGAAGAUAAAAUUCUCAACAGCCUCGCCGACGCCGAAGGCGACGUCACGGAAAACGUGACGUUGAUUGGCGAUUUGGAAACCACCAAAGCCACCGCUGACGCGCUGUUUAUCCAAGCCAAGAAUGCCGCCGACAUUGAACUUGCCAUCAACCAACUCAGCGCAAGGUACCAAGGCGUGGCGCGACGAGGGGCGCUGCUCUUCUUUGUGCUCAACAACUUGCACAAACUGCACGCGUACCAUGUGUUCUCCCUCAAUGCGUUCGUCGUUAUGUUUCAACGGGGCAUGGACAGUUCCAAGGGUCACGACGACGAUAAAAAGCCCACUUCGGCCCUCUCGCGCUUUAAAGCUGUGGCAAAACGGGUGAUUGUCAGCCAGCGGUUUCAUUGGAACGUGGACGUGCUGCUCAUGGACCGCAUUCUGGAAGAAGCACAUUUCGACAUGAAAGCCAUUCUGGACAGUGCGCAAGAAGAAGUCCCUGACGAAUCCGUGAUUGCGCCGCGGUGUCUGAACUUGCAAUCGAGCAUCACCGAAGUCGUGUUUGACUACGUUCGUCGGGGGUUGUUUGAAAAAGACAAACUCGUCGUGGCCACUCAGUUGUGUCUGGCGAUUCUGAAAGAACAAAACAAAAUCUCGUCCACAGAAAUAUCGUUUUUGACCACGAGUCCUGCCGCGGACGAGACGACGACGUGCACGACGGCGAUUGGCAUUCUGAAUGAGUGGCUGCCAGAACUUGCUUGGUCCAAGCUGCGGAAACUAGAAGAACUCGUGCCGUUGCUCACGAACGAGUUCAAACUCGACGGCGACGAAUGGAAAGACUGGUAUCAAUCCGAUACACCGGAAAGCGACCCGAUGCCUGGAAAAGCCCGCACUCCGUUGGUACAGUUGCUGUUGAUCCGAUCGCUUCGGCCAGACAGGUUGCUUGUGGCUCUGAGCACGUUUAUUGAGUCGCACAUGGGAUCGUUUUUUAUCCACCAGCCGCCGUUCGACUUGGAGAGCAUUUAUCAAGAGGCUUCGGCGUCGACACCUCUUUUCUUUAUCUUAUUUCCGGGCGUGGACCCGACCGCAGACAUUGAACAGCUCGGGAAACGGUUUCAAAUGACGGCGGACAGGGGUAAUUUUGCGCUCAUCUCGAUGGGCCAAGGCCAAGAAGGACCAGCGGAGCGCACCCUCGAGAAGUUUGCAGCCGAGGGGUCGUGGAUUGUGCUCCAGAACAUCCAUUUGAUGCCUCGAUGGCUGCCCCAACUCACCCGAAUUUUGGACCAGUGCAGCCACACGGCGGAUACCAACUUUCGGUGCUUCUUGUCGGCGGAAGCUCCGGGCUUGUCUACGGUCACCAAUAUCCCCGAGACGCUGCUCCAAGUGUGCAUCAAGGUGGCGAAUGAAGCGCCCGCCGAUUUGAAAAGCAAUCUCAGUCGCGCGUGGGCGUCUUUUUCGUUGAAAACCAUCGAAACCAGCUUGAAACCGAGCGAAUACCAAGGGUGUUUGUUUGCCCUGUGCUUUUACCAUGCCGUGAUUUUGGGGCGAAAGCGGUUUGGAUGUCAAGGCUGGAGUCGUCCGUAUAGUUUCAACCAAGGCGACCUCACCCUUUGUGCCGAUGUGCUGCGACGGUACAUGGACAAAACCCUGGACGACAAGCUUCCGUGGGACGACUUGCGGUACAUUUUUGGGGAAAUUAUGUAUGGUGGGCACAUCACCGACUUUUGGGACCGCUUGACGAAUAAAACGUACUUGGAAGUGUUGUUCAAGGAGGACGUGCUCAAGUCCAAGGAUCUGAUGCCAGGGCUAGCUGCACCUGAUCCGUAUUUGUUUACGUAUUCCAAGUAUGCCGCGUUCAUCGACACGAGUUUGCCCGUGGAAACCCCCUCGAUCUUUGGGUUGCACCCCAACACGGAGAUUCAGACCAUGACAAACGCGUGCAGCGAUUUGUUUCUGAAUUUGCAACGGGUGGGCAGUGCUAUGCUCGGGAUUGCCACGUCGUCGAAUCAACACAAUCCUGCGAUUUCCAACAAAGCAGCCAUUGUCCAAAGCCUCACGAGUCAACUGCCCAGCGACUUUGCCCUUUCCUCCCUACAAGAGCAAGCCCAGCCCAUGUUGGAGCAAGGCCAUUCCACGGCGCCGUAUGUGGUCGUAGCCUUGCAAGAAUGUACCCGCAUGAACACGUUGCUUCAAGUCAUGCGGCAGUCAUUGAACGACUUGAUCAAAGGGAUGAAUGGCCAGCUCAACAUGACCGAUGCCAUGGAAGAGCUCUUGGAAGCCAUGUCGUUGCAGCAAGUACCUGGUCGCAACCCACUCCAUAGUUGCUCGUGGGAACGGUACGCUUGGGCGUCCCGCAAGUCGCUGCAAGUGUGGUUUGCCGAUUUGUUGGAGCGCGUGGCGUUCCUCACAGCAUGGGUCACAGACUGGACCCUUCCCACGUCCAUGUGGCUGUCUGGCUUGUUCAAUCCUGCCGCAUUCCUCACUGCCGUCAAGCAAGUCACGGCGCGGAAUCUGGACUUUCCGCUCGACAACAUGACCAUUGAAACGCAUAUUCUGAACACGACCGCGGUGACUAGUGCCGCCACAAAGGGCUUCUUUGUCCACGGGUUGUAUCUUGAAGGGGCGCGAUGGUUUCUCAGCGAAGACGCCGACGAGCUGCAAGCCCACUCGUACACGAUCGACGACCUGGACCACCCGUGUGCUGGCUAUCUGAGUGACGCCGUGCCCAAGGAGGUGACGAGUCUCAUGCCCGUCGUCUAUAUCCGCGCGGUGUCGAUCAAAGAAGACUGGGAGGCGACUGCCACCGGAUACUUUCGCCACGACACGUCCGUGUACGAAUGCCCCGUGUACAUGACGUCGCAACGAGGUCCGACGUUUGUGUUUUUGGCUACGUUGAGCACCAAGGUGGCCAAGGCCAAAUGGAUCAUGGCAGGGGUGGCGCUUCUGCUGCAAAAGGAAGGAUAA